UCCAUGUUUCCCCGGGUGGAAGGUAUAAAGACUCAUUCAGUGUUAUGGUUCAAGUAUAUAAAAACAACGAACAUCUUUUAAUCGUUUUCAUCUCAAUCAUUAAUAACCAACAAUGCGCCUCUGUCAUCUUACUCAAGCUUUAGCCUUGAUACUCCUCGUUUCUGAGGGCUUCGCCUCGGCGCAACAAUACCCGAUAAAGGUUCUCCACGAGUUCUCCAAGCCGACUUGGCUUGACAGUAAUGCUGUCCGACACAAUGGAGAGGUACUUGUCACGUCUGAAACAACAAGCGCAAUCUGUCUUGUGAAGCCGGAAAGCCCUGAAGAAGCCAUUACUGUCGCUAUUAUUCCUGGCGGCAACGGUGCCAACGGUAUCACCGAGAUGGGGAGGGACAUCUUUUAUGUCAAUGGAGGAAAUUUUGCUGUCGCCACUGGCCCAAUCACAGGGAGUUACGGGGUCUGGAAACUUGAUCUGCGUAGAGCACACCCGGAUAUCUCACUUGUCACAGCGCUACCAGACGUGCGGCUCGCUAAUGGCAUCGCUCGCCUUCACCCAACUGACGAAACUCAUCUCUUGAUCUCGGAUCCCAUCGCCGCAGAAAUCAUCCGAGUAAACGUUGUUACCGGUGAAUAUGUUCGAGUCAUCAACGAUACUGCCCUACGUGCUGUGGCUCCUAACCCCAACGGCGUCAGUGUUCUGCGUACUAGCGAAUCUUACGUUUACUUCAACAAUCAGGGUUCAAGUUUGUGCAGAAUUCCAAUUUCAACCACGACUGGACUCGCAACUGGACCUUCAGAGACUAUCGUGACGUUAGAUGCUCAUUCCUUUGCCAUUUCAAGAGACGGGAAGAAAGCUUGGAUGUCUUCCAAUUUCAUCAACUCCUUGCAAGAGAUCGAUAUUGAGAAGCGCACAGCAAGAAUCGUGGUGCAGAACCAGACAGAUUUUAUUACCCCAACAGGCGUUUCUCUUGGGAAGAGUGAUGGAAAAGAUGUUCUGUAUGUCACAACGGGUGGAGGCCUGGUUUGGGCGACAAUGGAGGCUGUCACUGGUGGAAGGCUGAUUCAAGUUAACAUCGAAGCAUAGUUGUGCACCUUAUAAAGUAAAACUUGAAAUUUCGCAUAACUUGAUUUGGCUGUUCAGAGUAGUAGUGUAUCAAGGGACAAAGUACGACAGCGAUGGCACUGGUCAGUCAAGGUUGGUCGAUUAUGCAGAUCAAUAUUGUGUUGGGAAUGAAGUGAUUGUUCGCGGAAUUGAAUUAGGAUAAGUCAUUUAUAUUUCAUAUGACACGUACUUUGAACAGUCUCUAUAGAUAGUGGUAGAAUCCGCGG